ACAGUCCUCUUCAGUCUCCCCUCUAUUCACUCAACCAUCCCGAGUUGGGUCAGUCACACCUAGAAGAGGACUCAAGACUCGCGCGACCCUCCACCACCACGUGAUCGAAAGUACAGGGCAACCUGCACCCAUUUCUCUGCCUGCAAAGCGAAGGAGAAGCCGGCAAAAUUUCUUACCUUGAGGAACUUGACAGAGAACCGUCGGACGACGAGAUGGGUAGCGGAGCGAGUGCAGAGGAUAAGGAAAUGCAAAGAAAGUCCAAAGAGCUGGAAAAACAGCUCCAGGAAGAUGCAGACAAGGAGGCCAAGACGGUCAAACUUCUGCUGCUGGGUGCUGGUGAGUCAGGGAAGAGCACCAUUGUAAAACAAAUGAAAAUUCUCCAUCAAGGUGGUUACACGAGAGAAGAGCAAAUGGAGUUUAGGAGUAUCAUAUAUGGCAACAUCCUGCAGUCUGCCUUGGCCAUCAUCAGAGGCAUGGAGAUGCUGGACAUCAACUAUGGGGCACCAGCAUCACAGGAAGAUGGCCAGAAGCUCCAGAACCUGGCUGAUUCAAUCGAUGAAGGCACCAUGCCACCAGAGCUGGCAGAUGUCAUCAAGAGACUAUGGAAAGAUACAGGUGUCCAGGCUUCAUUUGAGAGAGCUGCAGAGUACCAGCUGAACGACUCCGCUGGAUACUAUUUGAGUGAAAUGGACAGAAUCUGCAAACCUGACUAUAUCCCCACCGAGCAGGACGUGCUGAGAUCUCGAGUCAAGACUACUGGUAUCAUUGAAGAGCAGUUUGGGUGCAAAGAGCUCCACUUUAGGAUGUUUGAUGUGGGUGGCCAAAGGUCCGAAAGGAAGAAGUGGAUUCAUUGUUUCGAGGGUGUGACUUGUAUCAUCUUCUGUGGAGCCUUGAGCGCUUAUGACAUGGUCCUGGUAGAAGACGAUGAAGUUAACCGCAUGCACGAGAGCCUCCAUCUUUUUAACAGCAUUUGCAACCACAGGUUCUUUGCCACAACCUCCAUUGUGCUUUUCCUUAACAAGAAAGAUCUCUUCCAGGAGAAGAUCAAGAAAGUUCACCUGAGCAUCUGUUUCCCUGACUAUGAUGGUUCAAACACAUACGAAGAUGCCAGCAACUACAUCAAGCAACAGUUUGAGGAGUUGAACAUGAAGAAAGGAGUGAAAGAGAUCUACUCACACAUGACCUGUGCCACAGACACAAAGAACGUCGAAAUCGUGUUCAACGCUGUGACAGAUAUUAUCAUCAAAGAGAACCUAAAGGACUGUGGUCUAUUCUAGACAACAUAAGGUUUCGCAAAGGUAUAGUAUGUUAAAUUUAGCAACAUUAUAAAACUUCAGAAAGAUCAUAUGAGGUCUGCAUUUCAGUAUGAACUAAUUGGGUUCAUUUUUUUAUUAAUUUAACUUUUAACUUUUUAAAAAUCUUUUAAAGCUUUUCUCCAGAUUUUUCUGCCCCAUCCCCACCUGAAUGAUUGGAUCUACUCUGGUGAAGUUGCCCCAGCAAGAAGAGAACAGCAACAGGUGACGUGAACUCCACGGCAAGCGGUCGAGUGUGGUCAACUGAUCCCCAGCCAAAUAUCAACCUUAACAUCCAACUUUCUGAGGCUAGAUCCAGAUUAGAGUAACGGGUUCUGCUCUCUGAAGGGACUCUAAAAACAUUGAAAAUAUUUUCAAACCACUGGUAGACUCAAUGAGAAAAGGAUUACAAAAGAAAGUGGACUUUUGAUGCUAUGAGUAAUUGGCGCUUGUAGAGAAGUCUCCUCUUCCAGUGUUAUAUAUAUAUAUAUAAUGUAGAGAGAGAGGUUUAUAUAG